UGACGCUGUGCAACAACCGGAAGUUGUAUCCAAAUGGAAUCGAAGUCGGUUCUACGCAAAGCUUUCCUGUGUCGUUGCAUGGCUUGUUGUUAGCAUAAACGCCGCCAGUGGGUCUCUGGCUGUCGAGGACGCCAUGAAGUGGCCGUGUUUGAACACUCUUCUCGUCACUUUUUUCCUCUUGGGAAUCGGAUCGGCCCACGUGGCGCCCCCAAGUGAUGUGAUUUUGCACUGCAGCAGCCUGGUCAACAAGGUGGCAUGGAGCUAUGACAACCCACCUACGGGACUCCGAUUCCGGGUGGACAUCGGCAGGUUCUACAAGUCGCCGGGUAACAUUGGUCCGCUGUGGGUGGACCCGCCUGACCUGCAGGCGGAUGUGUCCUUCCUGUCAGACCAGACGGAGGACUACUUCCUGGCGGUGACCGCCGUCCUCGAGAAGGAAGAAUCGGAGGCGGCUCCCGCCGAUGGCAUUUCCUUCAGCUACAAUUUGGACUCUCCUGCUGCUCAAAAAUGUUCCUUGGACCUCCCUCCUGUGACCGUGCUGGACCAGCAUGAUAACACGGUGCUGAUCAGCUUCCAACAUCCGUGGCUCACGUACGAGCAUGCGCUUGUUACCAGUCUUCAGGCCGGAGAUAAGAGGAAGAGGAGACACGUGCAGCCGGACAACCCUCUGCCCGUCUUCAAAUACGAUGUCACCAUCGACAAGAAGCCAUUUGCCGACCUGCGCUGCACGGAGAACGUGUGCGAACACAACCUGCCCGUGGACGCCAGCGAGCAGAAGCACUGCGCCACGAUCAAGGGGGAGCUGGAGAGGAUUGGCGUUCUCGGCACACAGGACUACUGCGCUCAGCCCAUGCAGGAAAACAAGAACAUCAUCACCACUGUGGUGGCGUCUCUGUUGGUCCUGGUUGCCGUCCUUACCGUCCUCCUCAUGAUUUGCUGGAAAAAGACCAAAGCCUCAUCCAAUCUACCAUCCUCGCUGCGCUUCAACGGAUUUGUUGAUGAGACCCCCGUAGCAUCCCUGUCGGUUUCCAACUCAUCCGUGCCGCUGAUUGUGGAGGAGAGGCCCGUGUUGCCUGGCGAGACAGAGCAGUCUGGCGAGCCGCAAGUGCACGAAGAGUCGGAGCAGUCCGACGAGCCGGAACUGUCCGGAGAGGAUGCCGCUGGUGACAUGGAGGAUGAAGAGCAUCAGGCGUACAUGGGGGGCGAGCGAAUAGAAGAAGAUGAGGACAUGGAGACUUCGAACGAUAAUGGCUACGAGAAACACCAAGUUAUCGUCAGAGUGUCAUCUGACGAGGACAUUGAGGGCUAUCGUAGCUGAAUCGUAGCUGAAGGUUUGAGUUAAAAACGUUUUCGUUCCUGCAGCUUAACAUAACAUCUAAGUCAGCACUGCUAGAAUUCCCCCCGCCCAAGAAAAAAAAAAAGCUUGUGCUCUCUUCAUGAGGUCAAAGAUCUUAAGUUGUGAUGCUAAUGCAAUUGUCUGCAAACCUUUUGGACUUUCGAGUCUCGGGCGCUCCAAUUGAUCCCGCGCAAGGCUGCACAGAAAGCGCCAAUGUGAACCACAAUACUGUGAUUCUUGCUCACUGGAAUUUAUUUUGCUCGUGUGUUUUCUUUGAUGUUCAUGAGAUAUUGCACCUAACUGCACCUAUCUCUUUCUUUCUCUUUCGCUCUCUCUGUAGGUGUGUGUGUGUGUGUGUGUGUGUGUGUGUGUGUGUGUGUGUGUGUGUGUGUGUGUGUGUGUGUGUGUGUGUGUACAUCUCUCGCUCUCUCUCUCUAACUCGCUCUAACUCUCAACUCUCACACUUUGAACCUGGUAAGAAUUGUUCUUGUUUUUUUUUUUUUGGUCGGGUCGAACUAAAAAAAAAAAAAGUGCUCAAACAUGUUUUUUUGUGUAUGACCAGAGAAUUUCAAUAUUUUUAUGUUCUUUGCAUGGUCUUGUAAUGGUAUGCAGAAAUGUACAAUUUUACUUCCGAUACUUCAGUUGUCAAUCAAUCUACGAAAGCAAUCAGUAGUUCAGUAUGACUUUAGAGUCUGUGCCUGUUCCGUCUUUUCCUGUUUUGAUAUUUAUCAAAGGCAAAUAUCAGUGUUGGUCACAUGUGAGUAACAAGUACACACUUUAUUGAAUUAAAUUGAUCAUUUCUCCAUCAGAAUUUGUAGGGAACACGUACAUCCAACUAACUGCAAUGUAUAUAGAUUAAUGAUCGAUCAUUAAAACAAAAUGACAUUCAAGUCUAAGCGCCACACUUUGGUCAAUGUUUGAGCGAGGAUGUUUACAAGCCCGCGAUGCAAAUUCGUUUUGACCGGCAGCUAAAGAAGUAAUAUACUGGCUGACAUUUAACGUCUUCCCCUGGAACCAAACCUGGGACUGAAAGUGUUUGUUUGUGGGUGUUUGCUCUGAUGCCUGCCGGGGAGCUUGCCUUCCUCUUUGCAUGCAGAGUGGAAGUGCGAUGCACACGCACGCUUCCAGUAAUUCGCUUCAUUGUCUGCGGUCCUGUUAUUGAGCCAGGAGUUCUUAUACUAAAUGGGCUCACUGGUGAAAUAUUCAACUUUUCAAAGUUGCAUUUAUGAUUUAAAUAGCGCUUUCGCAACAGCUGUUGCUGUAACAAAGCGCUCUAUUGUGUUGUAUUCUUUGAUAUUAAAAAUAUUUGUUAAAUUGUUUUUGUAAAAUGAAUAUUGUUGACCUCUUUGCAAACUUCCUGACCAUGCAUUUCUUCAAUCCCAAAUAAAGUCCAGAUGUUCUAAUGGUCACUUUA